AUGGCGAACGAGGGCCUCGGGCUCGGCGUCCACGUCGGUACUAAGUCCACCAUUACCGUCGCCGACCACGCCUACCAGUCUCGCAACGCCCCCGGGCCUCAAUCAGCACCACUCAGUCCCAUCACGAACACCGUCAUACCCAACUCCCUACCUGCUGGCUCCUCCAGGAUGCGCGACCUCGAGAGCGCCGCGCUAGGCAGGACGAUGGUCAAAAUCGACAAAUACGGCGGCUCAGGCUUUCUGACGGGCGACUCCAUCGACACGAACUGCAUCACUCCGAAUGGCGGGACGGUAUCGCGUGCCUUCGAGUUCGACAUGGUGCAGUCCUCCCUUGCACGUAACGACACAGUACUUGCCCCGGGCGCACCCGCAAAGGAACUUAAGUCGCUGCUCGGCAAGGGCGAUGGCGCACGUCUCAAGUCGGGUGCUGCGAUUAACCGAGAAGAGGACCGCGUUGCACUCGAACACGCCAAAUCGAAAGCGCGUGUUGAGCUCGAUCUAGUGCUGGAGAACAACGUCUGCGUGCAGGGAGGUACUAUAGCCGGCCAUCUGUGCGUGCACGUCCGCAAGCGUACGAAACAUGAGGGCGAUAUCAUGAUUUCUCGCGGCAAGCUGAGGCUCGUGGGUUUCGAGACGCUCGGCGGGCAGCACGAUCGUCACGUAUUCUACCAGACGGCGGUUUCGAUGGCGGACGCAUCCGAGCGCUCCGACGCCGUAUUGGAUUCUCAAGAAGACCUAGACGGCUUCGCGUGGGCGAAAACAGGCGACCACAUCAUACCUUUCGCCAUGCAAGUGCCACUCGAAGGAGACGUUGGCAAUGCAAAAGGCGUAUUGGACGCCCAAUCUGGUGGAGCUUCUGUGCGAUAUAUAAUCAUGAUCACCGUGAAGGUCAGGGAUCCUGCCACUGAUGCUCGGUCCAUCGCCCACUUCUAUCGCGACUGCGAGGUCUGGCCGCGCCUAAACCCUUCUGCGAUCCUUGCACCUGCUCCUCGACCCAUCUCAGACACCAAUGCCAAAGCGUUGUUCAUGGGUGGCUCCGGGAAGGUCUAUCUUACAGCCCAAUUACAUCGCGUCCACUGGAUCGCUGGCCAACAAUGUUACAUCCGAAUAAUUGUCAACAACGGAUCGAAGAAGACGAUGAAGCGCCUCAACAUUACCCUUGUGCGCACGCUCGUGGCAUACAAGCCCAACAGCAAGAAGGACGAGGACGAUGACCCGGAUGCGUGCUCAGCGACGACAUACGAGAAGCAAGUCGCGGAGACAUCGCUCGAGAUGUGCGAGUCUGGGAGUCGUGGGCAUGCAAGUGCAAAGGGAUGGUGGACGGGCGUCAUGCCAGAGGAGGACAAAGAGUUCUCGCACUUCAUUCAGAUACCCCCCGAUGCCCUGACAAUCCCUCGCGGACGACUGCUGGAAGUCGAGUAUACCCUCCGCGUCUCGAUUAGCUCUGGCGGUCUAUCUUCCGAUCUCACCGUCAAGGUUCCCCUCAGAAUCAUCAACUUCCUUUCAGUCGACCCUCCACCGUCAGCUCCUGCAGAGGCCGCCCCGAUGUCUCGCGGGAGCACCGCGGCCUCUGGUCCGAUGCUGGCUUAUGACCGCGACGAUAGCUACGGUCAUUCACGACCUGGGUCGCGCAACGGCAAUUAUGCACAGGGCAGUGGCGAAGCAGAGAUUCCAGCGCCUCAGCGCGCCAUUCAUUCUCGCCCAGCGCUCCCUGGGAUGUUCCAGCUCAGUUCUCUGCCGGAGUCAGAUGAACACCUGCGCACACCGGUGGCCCAAACAUCUCGGACGUUCCCAGGCAAUGCACCAAGCGCUCAGAUGGAUGCCUAUGCAGACGAAUAUACCGACCCAGACAGCUCGGGCUACUUAGAUGAGGAUGGAAGCCUGCCGCCCACCGGCCUGGCCAACCUUUCCAUGCGAGAUGACUCUGACGACGUCGUGCAGUACGCCGUGUCGUCGGCGUCGCAGGACUACAGCAACCAGACUGACAAUGGGUCGCUGGAAACCUCGACUGUGCAGGUCGAGUCCGAGGUGGACGCGCCAGUACCAUACACGCGUCAAAAAACCUGCGCGCCGUCGGCAGUCACCUUCUCCGACCUGUACUAUGAAGACCCCGCCCACCUUACUCUGACUGGGCAUAAUCGUUCGCGCCAAAACUCCCUCAACACCGCCAGUGCACCAGUACCCCAGCCCACCGCACCUGUCGCUCGUGCAGAGCCCACAUCGCAUCCGAACUACGCUGCGCACUCGCAAACUCUCGCUGCUCCGCCAGGUCCUCACGACUUCGACGCGCUGCAGCAUGCCCGCCGCCACUCGUACUCGGACCUUCCCGCGACCUCGCAGAAUGCACAGCGAGACUUCCACGAUACCCCCAUGGCCUUGCGACCGGGAGGCGCACGCGAGCGGGUAGGAGGCCGGUCUGCCUUCGCGCAGCGCGUGCAGGAGAAGAUGCAGGCGCGCGGCAGCAGCAUGGGCCCGCCCGCGGAGACGGUUGUCGCGCACGGGUUCGACGAGCUGCCUCGAAUGCAGCAACAGGUCCCGAUGGAGCAAGGAGCUAGUGACCCGUAUUCUGCGUAUGGCCAAGGCAUGCCUGGCGCCUAUGCAUCCGCGACUUCUGUGACAGGACACGAAGAGGCCUUCGCGAGCGAUGAGGCAGAAGACUUCCGACGUGGUCGUCCGGAGGCUCGUGCUCCUCUGGCACGAUAUGCGGACGCGGAACUCACCGCGCAGCCAACGUCGUAUGCUAUCCAACCGUCGCGACCCCUCGGACAGGCCACCUUCCGCGCGGAGUCCCCCAGCCCAUCUUACGUGGCGGAGACACAGGUGGUGCCUGCCGGUGUUCGUGAAGCGCAAGGUCGUCCGGGGAUUUAUGAACUGCACGCGGAAGCGCGUGGCUCACGCCUGCUCCCUACCCCGCCCGUGUCCGCUACUCUGCCACCUGGGCCUAUAUCGAUGGCGUCGCAGGGCUCAUCGGCUUCGGCCGCCUCCGUCGAACCUCCUCGAGGGCGGACACGCAGCUUCACUACGUCAGCCGUACCGCCUCAGCCGGUGAUGACCUCUCGAGGCUCUGCGUCUCCGUCAAAACCUAUCCUCCCGCAGGAUGGGCUGCCGACCUCGAUAAGCUCCUCGCCCCAGAAAGGAGGCCUGAGCAGCGUUCAAGAGCGCAUCAGACAGCUGGAGGAGAGGGCGCGAGCAGGCGCCUGA